AUGUUAUCAUUAAAAGAAUAUCAAAGUUAGACUCUAACUCAGCUAUCUGAAGAUCAGUAAAAUUUGGAUAAUACUAAACAUUUACUAUCGCCAUAACCCAUUGUUAAUCGAUAUAAUAAAUUCAAUUGUAAUAUUCAAAAUUUACCUUUGAAGUCUCCAAAUGAGAAUUUUUUCAAAUCCGAAUCUCCUAACAAAAAUUCUUAACCCAAACUUGAAAAAUUAUAAUACCCCCUCUAAAAAUCUUAAGGAAAACUCUCAAAUCGUAAUCUUAGAAUGAAAAAAAAAAAUAAAUUGCAAAAGAGUCAAAGUCAUGUUGAACAUGUGUAUAUUUACUAAAUUAUUAAUAAAAUACGAAGAAGAAGUGGUUAUGAACCUCUUAGCGAUAAACAAGUUAGAAUGGCUUUUCUUUAUCCAAUUACAUAUGUAGCUUUUCAUUUAUAAUAAAAGGAGUCAAAAAGAAAUGAAAUGAGAAAGAAAACAAUAUUUAAAAGAAUGUCAAGCAUAUUGAUUAAGCACUCCAAUAAUUUAAAAUCUUAGACAAUAAUUGGAGCACUCUAAUAAAAGGUUAUUGAUGAAACUCCUUCUAAAUUGGUUGUUAAACCAUCAAAUACUAUCCAAAAUCAAUUUUAAAAAUCAAUUAAAUGCUUGAAAGAAUCUGAAGAGUUAUUUUAUAAUAUUGAGAACUCUGAAAAAGUAUUAUCCUAAAAGGAAGCCUAAAGAAAUUCUUCACCUAAAAUCAACAAAAAUUAAAAAUCAUUGCAGAGAUUUCUUGAUUAUCAAAAAGUAGUCUUAGAUAUCAGUAAAAAACAACGAAAAACAUUUAUUUCUAUUUAAAAUUAUGUUAACGAGCGAUCAAAAUGUAAUCAGACGAAAUCAAUAGGUUUAAUCGAAAGUUAAAUUCAUUUUUAGUAUUAAAAUUUAAAAAGUCUAACAGAAACUGACACCUCUUCACCGAUAAAAUUGCAAACGAUAAAAACUUAAAGAAAGUAUUAUCAUAUAAAAUCUCUUUCAAAUCUCCAAGGAAUAAAGGAAGUAUCAAAAUACAGAUUAAAUAAUUUUAAUAUCUAAUAAUCUGCUUAAAUAUUCAAAAAUGUGUACAUAUUAAGUUCAAAUAAAUCUAAACAAAUUUCAGAUAAAUUAUCAACUUGA